GUGAGGCACGCAGCAGCGACUCAGUCACUCAUUCAGUCAAUUGUUCUCCCGCGAGCUCACGGCUGUGUGGAACCGGCGCCAGGAUUUGUUCUGCACUGUGAGACUCUUUGCUUCUCCAGGGAAAAAAAGACUUUGAGAGGACGUUCCCCCCCGAUUCAUUUGAGAAGGAGAUUCCUGUUGUUGUUUUUUUUGCUCUCAUAAAUCUGUGCCUCCUGUGUGAUACUCCUGAUCCCGGCAUAAUCCCACUUUUGGCUGCGGGUUGUGUGAGCGGUUCCGAUUGGCUCGCGGCUGUGCCUCUAAAGUUUGGAGAAGGGAGCUCAAAAGGAGGGAGGGGGGAGAUGGUUUGACUUGGAAGAGAGAGCUGUCUUCCUCGUGUGGAGUUGCAUCUUCUCUGUUGCAAAGAGAGAGAAAAGGGUGUCUGAUGCGGGACAACAGCUCAAGGUGUUGGAUUUUAGGGUUUGUCUAUACGUAGACAAAAAAAAAUCUUUCAAAGGCGGAAAAAGAGAUAUUUUGUCUCGUGGCAUCUUUUACAAGAGUUUUUACAACAUGGCUGGGAUGUAUGGAUGCUUCAAGAGCAGAGAAGACGAAGCGGAGGAUGUCACCACGGGGAACCAGCUUUGGAAGUGGGCGCAGCGGUGACGGCGCCAUGGCAUCGGGACCUCCAGACGUGAUGGACCAUCAGGAGCCCGCUGAGGCCGUGGAAGAGUGCUCAGCAAAGAAGAAGUCCAAGUUCCAGACGUUUAAGAAAUUCUUCGCCAGGAAGAAGAGAAAGGAGCCGCCGGCCGCUGGAGCAGAGGCGGGGCUGAAAGCCAGCCGAUCGAGCGACAACGUCAGCAAAACAUCCCAAAAUGACACGCUCACUCGAUCAGAGGAGGAUAAGGGCUCUGGGUCAAAGACCAGCCUGGGCAGCAAGGCCCUUUCGCACGACUCCGUCUUUGUUUCGGACACGUCGGAGUCCCACGAGGCUCUGGGAGCGUCUCAGGACAACGUUCACGGGAAAGUGAAAUCACUCCAGCUCCAGCUGAGGCAGGCCAUCAGACUGGGCUCCCCUCCAUCCCUCUUGUGCGUGAAGACGACGGACGACGCCGGAGCCUUGUCUGAGGACGACGACCUGCCCUGUAGUCCACGCGAGUGCGCGGCGCUUCACACAGUCACGAAUCAGGCUGAGAGGAACAGCUUCAUCAGCCUGGUGGGAGUAGACAGUGACAGUGACCAGCCGUCCAGCCGAGCCGUGAGCCCCCUGGUGGUCCCCGGGGACUUCAGCCAGCCGGCCAGUCCCUUCGGCUGCCUCGAUAACUCCGCCGCCAAACACAAGCUGGGCCUGAGACUGAAAGCCGGCAACAGGAGGAAACCGGCGGCCAGGCUGGAGAUGGGAGUCGAGGGAGACUCCGCGGUGGAGGAGGUGGUGCUGAACUCCUCCGCGACGGAAGCUGCUGAGCAGCGAGCGAAGACGACAGAAGUUGUAAGUGGGGAUGAGCUGAAACCAACGGGGGAUAGGGAGGAAGAAGAAGAAGAAGACGAGCAGCCACAGCAUUCCAGACACUCCCUGUUGAGAAAUGACGAGGAGGAGCGGGAGGAAGGAGAGGACCAGUCCCAAGCAGAGCCGGAUGUUUCUCACGACACUUCCUCUCCUCCUGAGCUUCGUCUCUCAGAGGAGGAAGCCCCGGAGGCCCGGUCCUCCUCCAGGGACCCCUCUCUGGACAGUCCCGGAGCCCUGCCAGCGCCCCCUGCUGGUUCGAGAGAGUACUUGCUGGACCCUCAAGGCGUUGCCUCCGGCGCGGAGGAGAGGGGGGUUGAAAGCGACUUGGCACUGAGCGGAGAAGAAGAUGGGCUUCAGGAAAAUGGAGAGGAGGAGGAGGAGAGCUCCUUCUUACAGGAAGUGCUGAGCUCCUUGAAGACUCCCCUCGCCUCUCGCUCGCUGGCCGUGGAGACGGAGGGCGUUGUCCUGGAGGAGGAGGAAGGAGAAGAUGUUGAGGUAGAGGAAGGUGAGGAGGUGAAAGAAGAAGAAGAAGAAGAAGAGGAGGCGGCGAUGGACGAGCCCGCUGGCUCCCUCCUGUCAUGUCACACCGCGGAUGAGGAAGAGGAAGAGGAGCAGAAGGAGCUUGCCACUUUGAGCACUGCUUCUUGUCGAGAUGUUGAAGAAGAGGAGGGAGAAGGAGGAGCAGAAGAAGAGGAACUAGUGGUGGAACAAGUCUGUCAACAUGAUCGAGAAGAGGAUGGAGAGGAAGAGGAGGCAGAGCAAGUCGCCCCCGAGGAACGAGAUGAUAUAGAAACAAGAAACGCUGUCCACCAGGCGGAGGAGGAGGAGGAGGAGAGUGAGGGAGAGGAAGAGGCCAGACGGGAGAUGAGGGAAGAGGAAGAGGUGGAGGAGGCGAUAACACUGGAGAAGGAGCCCGAGGUGGAGGAGGAGGAGGAGGAGGGACAGGAAAAGAGGGAAAAGGUGGAGGUGGAGGAGGCAGCGGGGAGAGUGGAGGAGGCGGAGCAGGCGAUAGAAGAAGAGAGGGAAACCGCCGAGGAGAGGACGGAGACGUUUCCUGAUGCGGCGGACGAGGAGGUCGCCAUGUUGCCGCCGCAACAGGAAGUGGACAUGGAGGACGAGGAGGACGAGGAGGACGAGGGUGUAGAUGUUGUGGUUGGAGAUGAAACCGUGCGGUUAAAUGACAGCAAACCAGAGCCGAGUCCCGCAGCUUCCGAUCGACGCGUCGGAGAGAAGAGAGAAGGUGGAGAGGAGGAGGUGGAGGUGGAGACGGAGGGCGAGAGCGAGAGCGAGCGCCGUCUGCAGCAGGAGGGCGUCAAACCCUCGGAGGGACGCGCUCCUGUUCUGGCCACGCCUCCUUUGUCCCUUCCAGAGCCGCGUGACGAGGCUCCGUCACUCGACGGUGGAACCAUCACUCCCAGUAAGACGGGCACGACCAGCAUCCACAUUAAUCUCCUCUCUCCGAGCUCGGAGAAGGCCACGCCUUUCUUUCAACCGCCCCCAGCCGCCGAGGGUGAGGCACCCGGUCACGCCGCAGCAGAAGAAGAAGAAGAACCAGCUGACGAUGUGGAAGCCGCAGAAGAAGACGGACGCUCGGCCCCGGAGGGAGAGGAGGCGCCUCCUGCCUCUGAGCGGGGAGAGGCCAACCGGCCAAUCGGUGGUCCCGAUCAGAGCAAGGCCCAAGCCACCAUCGCCCCCUCCCGGCAGAGGUCACCCUCUGCGGGGGAGGCGGGGGAGACUGCGGCCCCUCCCCUGUUCCCGCCCGCCGCCUCAGGUGUGGAGGCGGAGCAUAGCAAGGACCCCGCGGAGGCGGAGCCGGCCAGUUCGGCGAAGGCGGAACUGGCGUUGAGUCCCGGUAGAGGGAGGAGUGCGGGGGCCGCCGCCCCGCCCACAGACGAGAACGCCGUGGUGGUGGACGGGAACGCCGACAGUCCUUUUGGAGUUCGGCUGAGGAAGACGUCGGCUCUCCACCUCUUCAGCUCGGAGGAGGAGAACACGGAGCCUCCCGUCGAGCCUCCAGCUCAGCCAACCAGCUGUAGAGUGGACUCGCAGCAGCCAAUCGGCGUGAAGCCCUCCAUGAGCAUCAAGCCCGCCCUCUCCAAGAAGCCAGACGGACACGGGGACAGCGGAGGGAAAAACAAGCGCACGUCAGACCCGGCUCCAGUGUGUGGUGGUUCUGGUGGAUCGGGUCCUCCCAGCUGGAUCUCCAUGGCCAAACAGAAACAGAAGAUCUACAAAGAAAACUCCCUCGAUGAGAUCACUGUCAAGAAGGACGAGACGGAGAGGAAGACCUCACUGCCACUGACUGUCAGCUCGGCUGCAGGCCGGGAGCACAGCAACAGAACAGUGGAGUCCACCGGCAAGGUGGAGAUCAGUAAGCAUUCAACGUCUGUGGACAAGGAGGCCAGGAGGUCUCGCUUCCCUCCGACUCCGGUGCCUCCUCAUCCUCUUAAAUCCCAGUCGCUGCCCGUCCCUGCAAAAGCCUCCCAGCUUCCCCCGGCCACCUCCAAACACCCACCCCACCCUACCCCACCACAGCGGCCCCUGUCACCCCCUGCUCCGAUUCCCACGUCGCAAAAGUCUCCCUCCAGCACAAGUCCGCCGCCUCCCACCAAAACUGCCACCUCAUCCAAGCCCCAGAGCCCCCCUCCCUUUACCCCGGCAAAGCCUGUCUCGAGGGCCCCGGGGCUCCCCAGCCAGACCCCGGCCUCUCAGCGAGGCCUGCCCCCCCCGGCGUCGCCCCAGGAUGAGCCUCCCUGGAUGGCCCUGGCCAAGAAGAAGGCCAAAGCCUGGAGCGAGAUGCCCCAGAUCGUCCAGUGACCCGGGUACUGGUUUCAGUGAGAUCUUGUACACGGGCCCAAGCGGGUCAGAUCUGACCCGGUUGAGAGUCCAGACGGACCAGAAUGCAUUUGCACACAACGAGUUGCUGUUUCCUGUGGGUUUUUCUUACUUCCUGGUGUCUCUCCUGGCUUAAGUCUUCCGAUUGGUUUGCAAACCAGCCAAUCACAGCUAAAGACAGACUCAGUCUCACUGCUUCUGUCUUCACGUCCGUAUGUUGUACAUUGAUGUUUUCUAAAUGGCCGGGUGGGAACCCCCCCCCUAAUUUCUAUUCUAUUCUAUGCUAACAUGUGCCUGAAUGAGAGGAGAUCCCUGCAGUCUCACAGCAGAGAAUAUAUUUUAAAAAGUAUCCAAAGUAACUCAGAUGAUUCCACCCCGAUAUCAGUGAAUACUUCAGGGAAGACGGGAAUAUUUUAUCAAAUUAAAAGAUUUAUUCGUAAAGUUGGUUAAAAGUGAUGACGAAGAGAAGGAGACAGACGUGUGUGUGUGUGUGUGUGUGUGUGUGUGUGUGUGUGUGUGAAGCAUCUGAGUUUUGGUAAAAACUCACUGAUCAGCGUUUCUUCCAUCUGGUUCUCUAAACUCUUGCGUGUCCAACUUGUUGUCGACAUAAAUCAUAUUUUGUAUUGGUCUCUUUUGAUAUUGUGUGGAGGUCAUCUCCCAAAAGCCCCCCCCCACCCUUCCCCCCCUCUGUUCAGGAAUCGAGGAACACUUACCGUGACAUCACGACCCUCACACGUCUGAAUGUUGGCCGUUGGCGAGGAAACAUUUCACCAUCAUAACCGAGCGUGUCGUGGAAACAGACGUCCGCACAUUAAUAUAUCACUCGGGGUUUUUGCUUCACGAAAGCGUUUCCCUUUGGCAUCAGUGUAAUCUAUCUCACAGUAACUAUAUAUGUUUUAUCCAUUUUGUUUUAUUUUGUAUCGCCUUUCGAGAAUUUUGUCUUGUACAUAAAUGCACAGUAAAGAACAAAUCAAAUCUU